AUGGGGGCGUGGCUUGGGCGCGGAGGGGCGUGGCCCGAUCAGGUGUGGGCGUGGCCUGGCCGGGGCGGGGGCUUCCUCGAGUUCCGAGUCGCGUCGCUGCCCGGGCCGGGAGCUGAGAUGCAGGCCGUCCGCCCCGGAAAAUCCUACAGCAAGCAGAGGGCAAUCAUUGAACGGGAGUAUGGGCAGGCACUCCAGAAGCUGGCAGGACCUUUCUUGAAGAGAGAAGGGCACCGGAGUGGGGAGUUGGAUACCAGGAUAGUGUUUGGUUCCUGGCGUUGCCUGCUGGAUGCCACUGUGGCUAGAGGCCUGGCCCGGCUCCAGGUGUCCCGACAAAUACCGUGACCUGGCAGGGGCACAGGGCGGAGUGCCAAGGAGCAGGUGCUUAGGAAGGGAACGGAGACCCUCCAAAGGGCCCAGGCUGAGGUGAUGCAGUCUGUCCGGGAGCUGGGCCGGAGUCGGAAGCUGUAUGGGCAGCGGGAACGAGUAUGGGCUGUGGCCCAGGAAAAAGCAGCUGAUGUCCAGGCCAGGCUGAACCGAAGUGAACAUGGGCUCUUCCACACUCGGACAAGCCUCCUGAAACUCAGCAGGAAACUGUCAGCUCAGUCAGCCCAGUACUCCCAGCAGCUGCACGAAGCCCGAAAUGAGUACCUGCUCAACUUGGUGGCCACCAAUGCCCAUCUGGACCACUACUACCAGGAGGAAUUGCCGGCCCUGCUCAAGGACCUGUUUAAAGAGCUGUGGGACCACUUGAGGGAUCCCCUGAACUCCCUGAGCCGCACCGAGCUGGAAGAUGCAGAGAUGGCUCUGGACCACGCACGCCACGGGGUGCAAGCCACUUCUCAGGUAAGCUGGGAGCAUGAGCUGCAGUGCUUUCUUCAGGAACCUGGAAUCUUCUGUGCCACUCCACCUCAGAAGUUCCAGCCUGCAGGAACGGAUCAGGUGUGUGUCCUGGAGCUGCAAAGGGACACAGAAAAUGUGGUGGGGGACAGUUCCUUGGAGAAAGAGAUUCAGCACUGGACAAACCGGGCUGCCCGUGACUACAAGAUCCAGGACCAUGGAUGUCGGGUGCUUAAGCGGUUAGAGCAGCGGCGACGGCAGGCUCCAGAGCAGGAGAUUCUGGGCAUAGAAAAGCGGCUGCAAGAAGUGAAGGAGAACAUCCGGCGGGCACAGGUGGGCCAGGUGAAGGGGGCUGCCCGUCUGGCCCUGCUGCAGGAGGCUGGCUUGGAUGUGCAGCACUGGCUGAAGCCCGCCAUGACCCAGGCUCAGGAAGAGAUGGAGCUGGAGCGCCGGCUCAGCGAGGCCCGGCUCUCCCAGAGGGACCCAUCUUCCACGGCUGAGGAUGCUGAGCUCUCUGACUUUGAGGAAUGUGAGGAGACAGGGGAGCUCUUUGACGAACCAGCACCCCCAGCCCUGGCCACCAGGCCUCUCCCGAGCUCUGCAUAUGUGGUGUUUGGUUAUCAGGCAGGGCAUGAGGAUGAGCUGACCAUCUCAGAGGGCGAGUGGCUGGAGGUGAUUGAGGAGGGAGAUGCUGAUGAAUGGAUCAAGGCUCGGAACCAGGAAGGAAAGGUGGGUUUUGUCCCAGAGCGCUACCUCAAUUUUCCAGACCGCUCCUUCCCCGAGAGCAGCCAGGGCAGCGACCAUCCCUUAGAAACAGAGCGGCCAGUGUUCCUGGCCCGCGCUCUAUAUACCUACACGGGACAGAGUGUGGAGGAGCUGAGCUUCCCUGAAGGUGCCUUCAUCCGCUUGCUGCCUCGUACCCAGGGCGGAGUGGACGACGGCUUCUGGAGAGGAGAAUAUGGGGGCCGUGUUGGGGUCUUCCCCUCCUUGCUGGUGGAGGAGCUACUUGAGUCCCCAGCGCCACCGGAACACUCAGACUCUGAAGAGAUGCUGCCAUCCCCUUCUCCUCCCAGCUUCUCCCCACCUGUUCCCACCUCUGCCUCAGAUGGGCCCCCUGCACCUGUUCUGCCUGAGGAUCAAGAUCUGGACUUUCCUGGACCCCUGAACAUGAUAGCACCUCGACUCAGGCCGAUGCGUCCACCACCUCCCCCACCAGCUAAAGCCCCAGAUCCUGAUAACCCAGCUUCUCUCACCUGAUACUUGGAGGCACCUCUGCCACACCACCCCAUGAUGCUGCUGCCCUGAGUCCAUGCUGUCUGAGACCGUCCCUCACUGAUCCAGAGCGACACAGCCAAAAGCUGGACUCUGCCCAUUUCUUCUCUUAGCUCCAGGGUAGACACACCUCUCCAUGAGUCCUCCCCUUUGGUUUUGCCCUGCAUCUCUGUUGGGCUAUCACCCUUAAAUCUCUGGGGCUCAAACCCAUCACUCCUCCACAAAGCCUGGAGCAGCUCUGGCCCAGUUGUGUCUCCACCAGGCUAUGAUACCCCACUCCAAAUGCCAGGGUGACUAGCUGUGGGGAGUGGAUAGGGGGAGCCUGUCAGAAGGAUCUGGAGCCAAUAUGCAAAGUAGCUGUAAUGGUCUGAACAGAUUUAUUGAUAGUGAAUAAAGGGCACAAAGCCUAA